GGGGCCAAUAAAAGCAUUCUGAGGACGGGGGCUGGCGAGGCUCAUGUUGGAAGGCUUCGCGUCUGGGGAGAACUGCUUGGAAACGGGGCAGUGAGGGUGAGUGAACUCGAGAACACCUGAGGCCCGGGCUUCGGCCUCCGAGGCCCGUGACCCAACCCCAGGUACUGGCGACCAUGAGAUCUCUGCAGCUGCUCAGAACCCCCUUCCUGUGUGGCCUGGUCUGGGCCUUUUGUGCUCCAGGUGCUGGGGCUGAGGAACCUGGGGCCAGCUUCUCCCAUCCUGGCAGCGUGGGCCUGGAUAAGAAUACAGUGCACGACCAAGAGCAUAUCAUGGAGCAUCUAGAAGGUGUCAUCAACAAACCAGAAGCAGAGAUGUCCCCACAAGAACUGCAGCUCCAUUAUUUCAAAAUGCAUGAUUAUGACGGCAAUAAUUUGCUUGAUGGCCUAGAGCUCUCCACAGCCAUCACUCACGUCCAUAAGGAGGAAGGGAAUGAACAGGCCCCACCACUGAGUGAAGCUGAACUGAUUAACUUAAUAGAUGGUGUUCUAAGAGACGAUGACAAGAACAAUGAUGGAUACAUUGACUAUGCUGAAUUUGCAAAAUCACUGCAGUAGACAUUGUUUGGCCAUCUAGUUGUAUGCAAAUGUGACCCGUUACAAUGUGAUUGAACACUUUUGGUAAUGCAAAAUAACUCAUUUCCAA